GACCGACCGUAUGCAUUGGAAGGGGCCGACUCCGUUUAGAACUGCCGCGGUUACCGCGCCACGCUCUCCCUCAUGAAAGAUACUGUAUUGGGAAACAACGCAGCACCGAUAGACAACAGCAGGUCUUUUUUCUAUGGCUAUGGCGCACAGAUUUCCUCAUUCCCCUUACUUGAACUUGGGACCUUCUGCAUACAAAGCAGGUGCUCUGCUCUACCACUGAGCUAGGGUCCUACUCUGCUAACUGCCCUCUUCGGGGAGAGAACAGAAACUGGGACCUGUAAGAGGGUGUUGUUGUCGUUGUUUUACGGGGGUUGGGGGGCUGCUCCGCCUACUCAAGUCUUGACCCUCUGCUUUCAAACGGAACCGGAAGGGAGGCAUGCGUGUAACUUAUCUUCUUUGCCUAUCUCUAUAAUUGCUUGCACGGAUGGUCGCUGACGUUCAUAGAGAUAGAAACACUUUCUUAUGUUUUUACACUCCACUUCCCAAACUUCCGAGGCUUUGUGCGCAUGCUCGAGUAUACGCACAAGGCAGGACAAAUAUGGCCGCGCUCUGUGGCGGCUUCCGGUGUCAACAGUCAUCUGGAGAAUGAGUAUGGUGAGGAAGUUGAUUUUGGAGGUUGCUCCUUCGUGCAUAAGUUAGUCCUCCCUGCGUGUCUGUAGAAGACUUAUUCAACUCUCGAAUUCUGUGCGAUUCAUACGAGCAAGGUGUUGCCUCCUCUCCUUGUGAAUUGAUUUCAAGAGACGUGGCUGAAGAAGAAUGACUAGCGAAGGUAAUGAAGCGCGGAACCCAGCAGAGGGUGGACCCCUCAAACUGCAGUUUGUUCCCUUCAGUAGUGCCUUGGAUGCAGGCUUUUGGCAUGAACUGACCCAGAAGAAGCUCAAUGAGUACAAGCUCGACGAGACUCUGAAAGCCAUCAGAGGCUAUUACUAUAAUGGAGAUCCUGCUGGUAUGCCAGCUCGUUUGACACUGGAAUUUAGUGCUUUUGAUACGAAUGCCCCAACACCAGCACAUUGCUGUCCUGCUAUGGGAAUAUUGUAUAACACCAACACCUUGGAAUCAUUCAAAUCCUGUGAUAAGAAGCUUCUGCUUGAGCAAGCAGCAAAUGAGAUGUGGGAUGCAAUAACAUCAGGGGAUGCUGUUGAAAAUCCUGUGUUACUGAACAGAUUUCUCCUGUUAACAUUUGCAGAUUUAAAGAGGUACCGUUUCUACUACUGGUUUUGUUACCCUGCACUUUGUCUCCCGGAAGGUAUCACUUUGGUUCAGCAACCUGUGUGUCUAGGUGCAAAGUUGUCUCCUACUCAGAUUCAAGCUCUCCAGAAUGCAUAUGAUGAACUCUGCCAGAAAGAAGGCCUUACAGCCCUACCUUAUUUUUUAAUCAAGUAUCGUGAUGAUUCUGUUCUUGUGUCCUUGCUCAAAAACUGGAAUGACUUCUUUUCUGACCAAAAGGAGAAGGUGACAAUUGGUGUUUACGACCCCUGUAAUUUUGCCCAGUAUCCAGGAUGGCCACUGAGAAAUAUAUUGGUCCUGGUAGCACACAGAUGGGGAAACCACCUCUGUUCCGUUGAAGUGUUCUGCUUCAGAGACAGGACCAUGCAGGGAGCAAGAGACAUUUCACACAGCACAGUUUUUGAAAUAAGGCUUCCACAGGUGGCGCAGAAUUCAGGUUGUCCAAAAGCUGUUGGAUGGGAGAAAAACCAAAAAGGAGGCAUGGGCCCAAGAAUGGUCAAUCUAAGCGAGUGCAUGGACCCCAAAAGGUUAGCUGAAUCAUCGGUGGAUCUUAAUCUUAAAUUGAUGUGCUGGCGCUUAGUGCCUACUCUUGACCUGGAGAAAGUUGUGUCUGCCAAGUGUCUUCUCCUAGGAGCUGGUACGCUGGGUUGUAGUGUCGCCAGAACCUUGAUGGGAUGGGGAGUCAGGAAGAUUACAUUUGUGGACAAUGCAAAGAUCUCUUACUCCAACCCUGUGCGGCAACCACUUUAUGAAUUUGAAGAUUGCCUUGGGGGUGGAAAGUCCAAGGCACUUGCAGCAGCAGACAGGCUCCAAAAAAUAUUCCCAGGAGUGAAUGCUGAAGGUUUUAAUAUGAGUAUCCCUAUGCCAGGUCACCCAGUAAAUUUUUCUGAAGUCACCUUGGAGCAGGCCCACAAGGAUGUCACCCAGCUAGAAAAACUCAUCGAUGCUCAUGAUGUCAUUUUUUUGUUAAUGGAUACCAGGGAAAGCCGAUGGCUUCCUGCUGUUAUCGCAGCCAGCAAGAGAAAGCUGGUAAUCAAUGCUGCAUUAGGAUUUGACACAUUUGUUGUGAUGAGACAUGGACUGAAGAAACCAAAGCAUCAAGAGGUGGGCGAUUCUCCCUGCAAUAAUCCCUCUGGCUCAACUGAUCUUUUGGGAUCAUCGCUCUUUUCAAAUAUUCCUGGUUACAAACUUGGUUGCUACUUCUGCAAUGAUGUUGUGGCACCAGGAGAUUCCACUAGGGAUCGGACAUUAGAUCAACAGUGCACUGUCAGUCGACCAGGAUUAGCCAUGAUAGCAGGAGCCCUUGCUGUAGAAUUAAUGGUAUCCAUUUUACAACACCCAGAAGGUGGCUAUGCUAUUGCUAGCAGUAGUGAUGACAGAAUGAAUGAACCUCCCACCUCUCUUGGGCUUGUGCCUCAUCAGAUUCGAGGUUUUUUAUCAAGAUUCGAUAAUGUCCUUCCUGUUAGCCUGGCUUUUGACAAGUGUACUGCCUGUUCUCCCAGAGUCCUUGAGCAGUAUGAAAGAGAAGGCUUUAAUUUCCUAGCAAAGGUUUUUAAUUCCUCACAUUCCUUCUUAGAAGAUCUCACAGGUCUGACUCUGUUGCAUCAGGAGACUCAAGCUGCUGAGAUCUGGGACAUGAGCGAUGAUGAAACACUCUGAAAGUUCGUGAAUGAAAUGGAAGAUUACCUACUUAGGAUGUGUUGGUGUCUUUUUAUCAGUCAUUUGGCAAAUUAAUGAAUGCUUACUUAACUCUGACUGUUGUAAAUAUAAACACAUACAGUCCACAUCUUUGGUCAGGCAGGAUGGGACAGAAUCGCAAUCUCAUGGCACUUGUACUGUGAGUGUAAUUUCUAUUACUAGUUGUGUGUGUGUAUGUGUGCGUGUAUGUGUAUAUAUAUAUAUAUACACACACACAGUGCAAUCUUACCUGUAAGAAAGCUAAAAUUAAAAUGCUCUCUAUUUUUUCCAGCAUCUAAAUAUAGCUUAUAUUUAAAAUACCUCUUAAGAAAACUUCUUUGUUCCUUUUUUUUCUUAUUUUGAAUUUUUGUUUAAAGCAAGCAUUCUGAAUGAAUUAUGCCUUUUGAAACACUUCAGGGAUUUAUGCUCAAUGUAUUAUUCUCUCUAAGGUAGACAAUAAGAAGUUAGUCACACUGAGAAAAAAAGAAGUUAGUCACACAGAGAAAAAAUAAAAUGAAGGGGUCUACAUGUUUAGUGUGUCAAAAGACAUUAUGCUUGGAUACUCCUCUAGUUAUUUUGCAGUCCACUUGGUCCAUUCUGUAUAUAACAAAACAAAAUUUAUUUUCAACUUUUUGCACUUUUUUUUAAAAAAAGGUAGUUGAUGAAAUAUGAUUGACUUCAUUCCAGUACUAUACCAUCUGUGCCAUCUCCUUAGUGAGGUGGUUGUUGGCCAACACACUCUGUUCUGCAAUUGGUUUCCAUUUGAAGACCCUACAUUUCCACCUCAGAGAUUGAUGGGCCAUAAAUCUGGUCCACUGUCAACAUGCCUGCAUAUGGAGGGAAUGGUUUGGUCUUUAUAUGUAUUUCUCUAUUUUUAUAUAAUCAGCAAUGAAUAUCUGUUAUUCUUGGAUUACUUCACACGCACACACACACGCAAAAUCUAUAGGCCUAGGUCUAAACCAGGCCAUCUAGUUCAAGCCAGAAAGAUCUUUUGAUGUGGCUUUCUCAAACAGAAGCUUCCCAUAUCUUUAUAUUUUUGAGCUUUAAAAGCAGUUUUUGAUAUUGCACGGUGGGAGAGAAUUCAAAGGGGGGAAGUUUUUUAAAAAAUGAUGGAGCUCACUAAGCUCCAAAUUACUUUUUGGAUCUCAAUUACAGAGCUUGGAAAAGUUACUUUUUUGAACUACAACUCCCAUCAGCCCUAGGCAACAUGGCCACUGGAUUAGGCUGAUGGGAGCUGUAGUUCAAAAAAGUAACUUUUCCAAGCUCUGCUCAAUUAUAGUUUUCAAAUAAUCCCCAGAUUCCUUUUGUGAAAGGUUAAUUCUUCAGUAAUUUUAUGGAGAACAAAAACAAUGCUAUGAACCUUUUAAAUAUAAUAAAUUUAAGUAAUAAUAAGGAAAUCUGUGUUAUUUAUUGUUUUUAAUAUUAUUAUUAUUAUUAUUUAUCUCCAUCGGCACAUAAGCAAUGAAACAGCUAUGCAAAAUAUUCAUGCUAGCAAGCCAACAUUUUGUAUUCUUCAUUCUGCCAAGAUUAAACAUAUACAUACUGGACCACUUUCUCAAGUUAUAUAUAGUUGCAGCCACAAAUCUGGAGAGGCUGAAAGUUUUCAUCUACAUAUUGCUCACUGACUCAUGUCUCUACUUGGGUUUUUUCCCCUCCUACUUAUGAAAAAACCUGCUUAUUUAGUCUUAUGUUUUAUAUCAAGUAAAUUAAUCUAUAUCUGGGAAGGGAUGUGCAUUUUAAAGAGCCUCAGCACUCGGAAACUGUACGUUAGCAGUAGCAAAAAUGGGAAGUACAGCUCUUAUUUGUAUGCAAGAGCAAUUUUUAAUUUAAACUAAUGAAAUUGCAUAAUGGCCUUCAGGCACUAUUUGAUGAAGAAACUCAGUUCCUCUGAUGACAAACUGGAACUCCACAUUGGGAAAAAUUACUACUCUACAGCUUGCACUGAGUCACCAGCAUAGACGUCAUUUGUAGAUAGUGAAACAGGAAACUCUGUUUUGAAAUUCUACAGCUUUGAUUAGCUGAGUCCAAAACAGCUCAUUGUCACAGGAAUGCUCGCCAGUGAAUGUCUAUCUUAACACUUGAAUUAUCAAGACUGAAUUUGUCAGCUUUCUUUUUUCCAUAGAGUUUUAGUUAUAUAUGACAUUUUAAGCAGAGUCACAUGAUGUUUCCUUGCUUAGUAAUUCCAGUAACUUAGCGUUGUAUAAGGCUGAGCUUGCUUCCUGUCCAUAUGCUUCCCAGAUGUCUGUGCUGUGCAGGAGUACUCCACGGUGACUUAGAAAACCUUCUGUUGUUUAACUCUAUUGUGUUUUUCUCUUCCCCUGACAAACCAUAAUGGCACUCUUGCUUGCUUGGAUGCUUGCUUCUAUUUUUUUUUCCUUUUGUAAAAUGUUUUAAGCACUUAAUUGGAGAAAA